UUUAAGAGCCAGCAGAUUCUGACAGCAAUAAGCCCUUUACGACGGAAUUGACAUUGUUUUCCCGCGGACUGACUUCCAGGACUAGGACUGGUCCUGCGUGCGCCCUUUGCCACCGGAUCCUCCCCUUCCAAUGAGACUUUCUGAUUGUGUCUACCAACUCUCCUAUUAGGAAACCCGUGGGCUGUAUGCAGCUAUUCUCUUGUAUUCUCGUUCUCUCCUCACUCUCCCUCCCUCUCUUGCCCGCACUCUUACUGGAGGCAUACCAAUAUCAUUUCACUGAGGAGGAAAAGCCAACAACUACCUUAAGCGCUUAAGACAAUAUGCGAAACCCUUGCCUUUCAUAGCCAUAACUACUUAAGUCUGGCAGCCGCCCUACACCAGCCUGGACAAGAAUGGAGUCUGUAAAACAAAGGAUUUUGACCCCUGGAAAAGAAGGGCUAAAGAAUUUUGCUGGGAAAUCCCUCGGCCAGAUCUACAGGGUGCUGGAGAAGAAGCAGGACACUAGCGAGACGAUCGAGCUGACGGAGGAUGGGAAGGCCCUGGAAGUGCCCGAGAAGAAGGCGCCGCUGUGCGACUGCACGUGCUUCGGCCUGCCCCGACGCUACAUCAUCGCCAUCAUGAGCGGCCUGGGCUUCUGCAUCUCCUUCGGCAUCCGCUGCAAUCUGGGCGUGGCCAUCGUGGACAUGGUCAACAACAGCACCAUCCACCGCGGGGGCAAAGUCAUCAAGGAGAAAGCCAAAUUCAACUGGGACCCUGAAACCGUGGGGAUGAUCCACGGCUCCUUCUUUUGGGGUUACAUCAUCACCCAGAUUCCAGGCGGCUACAUUGCUUCUCGGCUGGCAGCCAACAGGGUCUUUGGAGCUGCCAUACUUCUUACCUCUACCUUGAAUAUGUUAAUCCCAUCAGCAGCCAGAGUGCAUUAUGGUUGUGUGAUCUUUGUUAGAAUCUUACAGGGACUUGUUGAGGGUGUUACUUACCCAGCAUGCCAUGGGAUAUGGAGCAAAUGGGCCCCUCCUCUAGAAAGAAGUAGAUUGGCAACCACUUCUUUCUGUGGUUCCUAUGCUGGAGCUGUAAUUGCCAUGCCUUUAGCGGGCAUUCUGGUACAGUACACUGGUUGGUCUUCAGUAUUUUAUGUAUAUGGAAGCUUCGGAAUUUUCUGGUACAUGUUUUGGCUUUUGGUGUCUUAUGAGAGCCCUGCAAAGCAUCCUACCAUUACAGAUGAAGAACGUAGGUACAUAGAAGAAAGCAUUGGAGAGAGUGCAAAUCUUUUAGGUGCAAUGGAAAAAUUCAAGACUCCAUGGAGGAAGUUUUUUACAUCUAUGCCGGUCUAUGCAAUAAUUGUGGCGAACUUCUGCAGAAGCUGGACUUUUUAUUUACUGCUCAUUAGUCAGCCGGCAUAUUUUGAGGAAGUCUUUGGAUUUGAAAUUAGUAAGGUUGGCAUGCUGUCCGCUGUACCACAUUUAGUAAUGACUAUUAUUGUGCCCAUUGGAGGACAAAUUGCGGAUUUUCUACGAAGCAAACAGAUUCUUUCAACUACCACAGUGAGAAAGAUUAUGAAUUGUGGUGGUUUUGGCAUGGAAGCCACAUUGCUGCUGGUCGUUGGCUAUUCUCACACAAGAGGAGUAGCGAUCUCAUUCUUAGUUCUUGCAGUGGGAUUCAGCGGAUUUGCUAUAUCUGGUUUCAACGUUAACCACUUAGAUAUCGCUCCAAGAUAUGCCAGCAUCUUAAUGGGCAUUUCGAAUGGUGUUGGCACAUUGUCAGGAAUGGUUUGUCCGAUCAUUGUUGGUGCAAUGACAAAGAACAAGUCACGUGAGGAGUGGCAGUAUGUCUUCCUGAUUGCUGCUUUAGUCCACUAUGGUGGAGUUAUAUUUUAUGCAAUAUUUGCCUCGGGAGAGAAGCAACCCUGGGCAGACCCUGAGGAAACAAGUGAGGAAAAGUGUGGAUUUAUCCAUGAAGAUGAACUUGAUGAAGAAACAGGGGACAUUACUCAAAAUUAUAUCAGUUAUGGUACCACUAAGUCCUAUGGUGCCACAACACAUGCCGACGGGGGCUGGCCUAAUGGGUGGGAAAAGAAAGAAGAAUUUGUACAAGAAGAAGUACAAGACUCAUAUACCUACAAGGACCCAGACGAUUACUCAUAACAAAGCUACUUGAUGGAUUUAUUUUUAGUGUUUGUGAUUAAAUUGUGAUUGCACAAAAAAUUUAAAAAAUGUGUAAACAUGUAAACAUAUCAACUUGGCAAGUCUUGCUGUAAAAAUGAAAUCAAAACAGUCCCAUGAAGUUACCCUCAUGUGCAAUCUGUGGAAGUUGUGAAAUUCCAUAAUCUCCAUUCAGGUCACUCAUUAAUGUACUUGUGAUAUAAAGAUUGACUGGUCAAAAUUGUACAAGAAAGUUAACUAGCUACUCACUGGGUUUGUAUGAAAUAAAGCUCAUCACCAUUUAAUAAAGCACAACUUAAGCAGAUGGCACAUUCCAUAUUGCAACAGUUAGGAAGCCAAAGCUAAUUCAUCAUGAAAAAAAGCACUUAUACAUUUGUUACACUGUAUUGCAAGAUAUCGCACAAGAGUCAUGCUUAACAAAAGUGAAACUCCUGUUUGCUGCAUCUGGCUUUGGUGACAUUUAUUGUGUGUAAAUCACUGAGGUGGGAUCUCUCUCAAUUAGAGAAGUAUAUCGUGAGCUAGCAACUAGCAAGAUGUGUUGAAAAAUUAUUGAGAUUAUAUAAUGUGAGGUAUUUUGUUAGACUUCAAGAGGAAUAUCUUGCAGUGUUUUAUAUGAAAUGCUUGGGCACAAAUAUUUAUUUCUGUGAAAGAAAUCUUAUAAAGUGAGGGGUAUGGUUCAUGUUCUUCCAUUAAUUUACCUGACAGUAUAAAGCACUUCACAUUUCAAUAAGAUCCAACUUUUCAUGUAGCAUAUCAGAUAACUUUUUUGCAAAAAAUUAUAAAAAAUAGACUUCAGUGUAUUUUUUAUUACAACUUUGUACUGGUUGUAACUUGCAUUAGAACAAAAGAGAUAUACACCUUUAAGAAUCUAAUGAUAAAUUUACUAAAGAGAUAUACCCUUAAAAUGCAAUAUUAAAAACAAAGACAAUAGAGAACCAUUUAGAUAUCUUUCUUCCUUAAAAAUUAAAUGCUAUAUGAAAUUUGUGCCACAGAGCUAUCUAUAGUAUGAAGAGAUUAACUUAAUAGAGAUAUUGUAAGUAGACAAUUUUAUUAUUUAAAGUCCCAUUUAAAAGAUAUUUAUCUAAAAUAUAUAGGACAAUAUAAAUAUAUUAAAGUUCUAUCUAUAUAUCUUAUACAUAUCCAUGCACAGAAACAUAAUACACAAUUUUCACUCAAAACCAAAAAUAGCAUACACCUAAUGUUGGGUUAGGGGAUUUAAAUUUCUACUUUCAUAGAGUCAUACAUAGACUUUUAGAUGGGGAAGAGGCAUUUUGCUUGUUGUUUCUUAAUAUAAUUCAAUGAGAACUGCAACAUUUGUGUACCAAGCAAUAAGUGCAAUGCAUAAACCUUCCCGUAUGUAUAUUAACUUCAUUUUGCUUGUGGUAGCUGUAUGGGUGGUUGGAAUGAUUUUCUUUUUUCCUUUUUAAAAAGUUAACAUCAGAUCUCUUUAAUAUUAUAAAAUUAUAACAACGCAUUUCCCACUUCAACCCAAAAUACUCUUGGUGUGUUUAACUGUCUUUCAUGGAUAUUUGGUCUGUUCAUUGUAUUGUGCUAGUGACUGGAGGCCCUGCUACUGCAACUAUGAAACAUAAAGUUUGUUUAAAAAUGCAAACCAUUCUUGACCUUAAGGAAAAUAAAAAAAUAUAUCUUUUGCUUUGUGUCUCAAAGUGAUGUAAUGUGGUCACAGCUUUUGUUGUGUUGAAUGAAAACGUGGACUCUCAUUUUGUUGCUGAAAAAAAGUGUUAAUAAAAUGCUCUAUUUAUCCUUUU